UAUUAGAACAGGUUAUAUGAACAGACACAGGCUCCGCACGUCAAUACUCGAGGAGCCGGCAACAUGUGGAGGUGUGUGGUACUGCUGUCUGUGUGUUGUGUGGGACUAGCUGUGGGACAGCUGGGAUUGGGGCUAUUGGGUGACGAUCGAUAUUACCCUCGUAAAUCUUGUGGUACAAACGAAUAUUACGAAAGUUGUACCCAUGAUUGUCCACCAGAGAAGACCUGUGAAACUCGCAAAAUUGGUAUAAGUUGUCCAGCUGUUGUUACACCCUGUAUAGGAAGAUGUGUCUGUAAUGAGGGCUACUACAGGAAGACCCCAGGUGGCGAGUGUAUAUCAGAAGAAGAAUGUGGACCGGCUUGUGGUGAAGGCGAGGAGUACAAGGAUUGCAAAAACCCUUGCAUAGAAGAGAGCUGCGAUGCAAUGGGGAGUCUGAUACCGAACUGCACCGCUCCUGAACCCUGUGAACCAGGAUGUGGUUGCAAAGAAGGAUUCUACAAACUGUACAACUUUAUAUGUGUUCCCAAAUGUUAUUGCCGUGAGUUGCGGGAUACACCUGAAUGUAGAAAUUAAUUUAAUUUAGUUUAGUUGUGUUUUUUGUUUUAUGUGUAAAUAAAGCAGAACCUGUCAAAUCUAUCAAAUAAUGAUAGGUUUAUUAAUUUAAGUACUAUUGUUUUUUUAAAUUUCUAUGUUAACGUGUUCAAAUAAAUAAAGAGAAUACAAAAAUG